AUGGACGAAGAAAUGGAUGAGGAAGCAGUAGAGGACUCAAUGUCUUCUGGAGAAGAAGACAAUGAGGAACGUACUGUGGAAGAUGAGGAAGGCGAUGAUCGUGAAGAAGAUGACACUAUGGAUGGUGAGGAACAAGACGAAGAAGAGGAAGAGGACGAUGAGGAUGGAAGAAGGGAAGGAGAAGCCCAGGCAACUGUUAGAGUUGAUGCGGAAGAAAGUGGGGAGGAUGGUGAAGAGGAAGAAGAGGACGAUGAUGAAGAAAUGUAUGAUUAUCCCGAAGAGGAUGAAGAUGCGCUUCACGAUUUAUCGUUCGAAUUACUCGAUCGUCCAGGUCUGUCUUCACUAGGUUUCGACGAUUUCAUAUUUGGACCUCCUAUAGGAAUCAAUAGAGAACACCGCGGUGCCCGAAGAGAACCAUCCAGUGCUGGUGUCCACCCGCUGAUGGUUCGCCCAGCACAUAUAGCCGAUUCACAACCCACAACCAACCAACAAGCAGCGCCCACGUUCGGAAACUAUCGCAGUCUACUGUUAGACGGCGGUGGGGCAAGGAUACCUGUGGCGCUUACACGACAGAAUGCCAUUCGUCGAAUAGGAGGAACUGAUCGCGGUUAUGUAGGACCAACCAGUCAACUGUUUGAUAGGUUGUUUGAUCUACACGCACGAGAUCGGAGUGGUCCGGUUAUGAAUGUGAAUGGACGCAUUGUCAAUAUGAGUUCAAACAUGCUGGACAGUCCGGAAGAAAGAAGAAUGCGGCAACCAGCAUCUGCUCCUUCAGCUCUUGAUAGAUUCACCGAUGGGGCUGAUAUGAUGGAUGGUGUUUCCCUACAAUACGUGGCCAUAAUCAUUAACACGAUUGUUACGAGAGUGGCAAGAAAGCGCGUUGAAGAGGAGAAAGCUAAAGAAGCUGCUGAAGAGGCCGCUAAGAAAGCAGCAGAAGAGAGCAACAAACCUGCAUCGUCCGAAAAUGCUCCGUCUACAAGCGAAGACGCUGGAAACACCAAUGCUACAGCAACGGUGCUUGCUCAUCCACCUACUGAGGUAGCUCGACAGGCUUGGGAUGAAUCAGUGCAAAACAAUCGUGAACCGGAUGUUACCACUGCACUUCUGAGCGCGGGCGAUAGCGUCACGGACAGCACGUCAGGCCUGGCUACAGCCGAUGGAGAAGCCAUGGAUACGUCAGAAGCAUUCGAACCGAGGGACGCUGAGGCGGACGUCUCCAUGGAUGAGGCCCCUCCUCAUUCUUCCGCGGCCACUGUGGCCUCCUCUCUACCUGAAGCAGAAGCGGACGAAGAGCGAAUGAUCACUCCGCCAUUAUCAACAGCUCAGAAUGCAAGCAGAGAAGGCGAAGAACAUCCAAGUGAUAGGUAGGU